UGAUUUUGUAGCAGGGGUCGGAGAAAAAUUUAGCCAGGAAAUUUAAGACAUUGUGGAAGACAAACAUAUUUAAGUAUUCAUACAUGCUUAUUCCAAUUUUCGAGGAAAAACAUUGGAGCUUGGUAAUUAUCUGCUUUCUUGCCGAGGAAGAAGGCGUGAGUCCAAUGUUGCUUCAUUUGGAUUCGUAUGAAUAUCACCAGGCUACAAAAAUUUCUGAACCAAUUAAAUGGUUUUUGAAACAAAAGUGGAACAACCUAAAAGGAGAAAGUUCAGAUUUUCCAACCGUUGACACAAAAACAGUUGAGGUUCCUCAACAAACAAACGAUUACGAUUGUGGUCUGUUUGUUAUGUAUUUCAUGAAGUUGUUUCUUAAACAAGCUCCAAAAAGAUUCAAGAUUCAAAAUUUGGAAAUGACAGAAAUCAACUUAUCAAAGCUUUUGAAACAGUCUGCACAAGCUUCCAAAAUCUACGCUUCACCCACCUAAGCUAGAUAGCCAAGAAUAACAUGUGUAAACAGUGUCAAAAUCAACGUAUUGCGAGGGGCAAGAAAUUCCUCAAAG